AUGGUCCGCACCACCAACGCGACCAUCAAGGAGCAUGUGGAGAGGAUUGCGGCCAAGAACUUGGAAGAGGAGUUCAAGGAGAUAAAUGACAUCCCAAAUCCUGAGAAUGUCACAAACAACGCCAGCAAUGCCACUCAUGGUUUCGGCGAGCUCGGGAGGAACUUCGAGUUCAUGAUGUUAAAGCUGGCCCAGCUUGAGACGCUCUGCGAGUUGCAGCAGGUCGAGAUCGAGUCCUUGAAGAAGACAGUGAAAGGGCUUGCGGAGCAUGUGGAUCACGAGGACAGCGUGGCGUCAUUGGUGCAGAAAGACGAGAGCACCAGGAUGCAAGAGGCCCAGAACACGCUGAAGCGAGUGCUCACCAAGCAUGCCCGCCAGCACAAGAGCAAGGACUUCCAUCCGGCACCUCCCAACCAAGACCACAAGCCAGACGCGCAGGAAAAGGCCACCGAAGAACUGCUAUCCGAAGGAGCCAAGCUAAAGCAGAAAAACUCGUGGAAUGUCGGGGGCUGGAUCAACGACGCUGUCCAGGAUACCGUGGACUUGGGCAAGGACGCAGCGCAGGCUGUUAAAAGCGCGGCCAACAGCGCUGCGGCAGAAUACGAGAAAGCUGCAGACAAGGUGGCGUGGGUUGCCCAGAAAACGAUCGACACGGUGGAGAUGGCCGUGCAGAUCCUGGUGAAAGGCUUCACCGACUGGAAUGCAGGAUGCGCAAAUCCUGAGUGGCCCACUAUGAGAUUCUGGAACAAUCAGUUUGGUUCAGGGAUCAUGGCUGAUUGGGGUAAGCAGCAUUGCUGGGUCAGACUCAUGGGCCAACAGAUCGACCUCUUCAAUUGGAACUGGGGAAACACAUGGGUGCAGUACCCUGCCCCUAUCAAGAAAGCGAUCGAUUUCUUUGAGGAUGUCGCAACUUGCGAAGGUGGAGAUGUGUUCAAGUGCAUCACCAAAGAAGUCGUGCAGGCAGUGCCACCGCUGAACGACAUGGUCUCGGGCUGCAGCGGUAGAAACCUGUUCGAGUGCUUUGGCAACCAGAUUGUGUCGAUAGUCCCGGGGCUGAAUCGGAUGGUCACCCUCGGUGAAGACCUCGUGAACUGUGCAGGUGGCUCAGGGGCCGUAGACAUCAUCAAGUGCUUCGGCUUGCGGAUUCUGCAGGAAGUGCCCCCGCUGAGCUUCCUCUCGCGCAUGGGCGAGAUCUUGCGGGACUUCAUCGGGACCUUCGCCAAGAUUGCCACCACAGUCGUGAAGCAUGCCUUAAACAAGGGCCUCGGCUUGGUGCAGACGGCUGCCACUUCCGCAUUUCCAGAGAUCGGCGCACCGCCCGUGGUGCACCACGCCGGCAAGAACCUCGUCGUGAAGACGCAUUCCCAGCCCGCGUACCAGGGCACCGGGGUCAAGGAGCCAAAGCGCAUGUCCACGCUGCAGACGGGCACCAAUGCGACGCAGGCACGCGGUGAUGAUGACGAGGAUGAUGGCGCUGCUGCAGCGAUCACUUUUCAGAUUGAGGGUUAUGGUCCCGAGACCACAGGUCUGAUCACUCAGUUUGACGGGAAGGAGACAGCCACUGGCUCCUGCCUAGCCUUCGCGCCGCGGAACAAAACCGGCGCCGGCGCCCAGGCGACGAAGCGAGACUGGCAGGUGGACAGCAACGACAAGUUCUUGCAGCUGGAGCCCUGGGCUGUUCCUUGUGACAACACCUGGAUGCAGCAAAAUUGGGACAAGUGGCAAGGCUACACCUUCUACACAUCCCGGUCCAACAUCGAGAAGUGUUUGACUGUGACCUUCGCCAUGGGCUUGCAGCCCGUCGCAGCCUUCGUGGGCGGAUUGCAGUUCGAGCUGCUUCCGACACCCUUUUUCGAGUUUGACACGCAAGUUUGCUGGCCGAAGCAUCAUCCAGGUGGCGUGGACAUUAGUGUCCUCCGCUUUUCGAUGCGCUCGGCAGGCAUCGAUCUCCUCAGCCGCACCAUGCGCUUGACGAAGCGCUUCGGCGACGACACGGACUUCGCCGGCAGCAACCUCAACAACGGUACCGCAACCUACCGAAGCCAGCUUGGCCUGAAAUCGGGAUCGGACGUUGAGAGCGGGUCUGCCAUCAACGGGAUGAGUCGGACCUCGACGCUCUUGCAGACCAACAGCAGCCAUGACGAGCAGGCCGAAGAGGUCGCGAUGCAGUGGGCAGACGUGGAGGAGCUCUAUCUGGCAUCCGUGGAGUACGGACCGCACAUGUCUGUCAACAAGACCUCCGAGUUGCGCGGCGCAGCUGCGCACCGCCGCCUCAGCACCCUGCAAUCGGAACCAUCCAAGGAGUCGUACAAGCUCUUCGGCUUCGGAAAUCCGGGACUGGUCUCCUUCGACAUUGAGGGUCUCCUCACCGGCAGCACCCUGGAACUGGGCGUGAAGAUGGGCUUUGGUCCCUUCGAUAGCCCGGCAGUACGGAUUCCGCUCCUGAACAUCGUCGACCAGUUCUCGGCCGUCCUCAUGAGCCUGCCCUGGGUCUCGGCGAGCAGCCGCGCAAAAGCCGAAGCGGCUCUGAGCGAUUUCUCACAGACGGAUGUUGAUGACCAGCUCGAGCUGAGGAAGGCGCCUGCCGACCCGUCCUCCAUGGUGGCUUGGUUCAAGAGCGAAGAUGCUGGUCCGGAGUGGCAGAGCGCAGUGGGCGGCUGGAAGGGUCGCGUGACGAAGGGCAGCGUCACCAAAACAGUCGAGGCGGGGCAUGGGGCGACAAAGGCUGUGCAGUACCUCACUGGCAAUACCCAAGCGGGAUAUGACUUCGGCAAGAUCAUGAAACCGGACUUCACGAUUUGUUCGAUCACCCGCUAUCUCGAGGAAGGUCAGAGGGAACGCAUUCUAUCGAACACCAAUCCCAAUUUCCUCCAUGGCCACUGGGAAGGUGGCACAGGUCUUGCUUUCUACCAUACUUGGGUCACGGCGCGUGGUGGUCCGGGCGAUACCAAUUGGCUUGUGAUGUGUGGCAACAACAACAAGGUUGUCUUCGUGGGCACGGAAAGGAAGAAUAUCGCUCAGCAUCCUGGUGUUCGUGUCGAUGCAGACUUCAACCUGUACAUCAACGACGGCUUCGGCGGCGCCGACACCGAAGUGUCAGACUUCGCUGUCAUGGAGGUCAUCACGUGGAACCGGGCACUCUCGGAGGACGAGAUGUGGACCAGCAUGGAGUACCUGAACUCGAAGCUUCAGGCGCAACUUGGACCUGCCGACCCGUCCUCCAUGGUGGCUUGGUUCAGGAGCGAAGAUGCUGGUCCGGAGUGGCAGAGCGCAGUGGGCGGCUGGAAGGGUCGCGUGACGAAGGGCAGCGUCACCAAAAAAGUCGAGGUGGGGCAUGGGGCGACAAAGGCUGUGCAGUACCUCACUGGCAAUACCCAAGCGGGAUAUGACUUCGGCAAGAUCAUGAAACCGGACUUCACGAUUUGUUCGAUCACCCGCUAUCUCGAGGAAGGUCAGAAGGAACGCAUUCUCACUAGCAGAUAUCCCAAUUUUGUCCAUGGCCACUGGAAGGGUGGCGCAGAAAUUGCCUACUACGGUGCUUGGGUCACAUCGAGUAGUGGUCCGGGCGAUAGCGAUUGGCUUGUGAUGUGUGGCAACAACAACGGGGUUGUGUACUUCGCGGGCACGGAAAGGAAGAGUGUCGCUCAGCAUCCUGGUGUUCGUGUCGAUGCAGACUUCAACCUGUACAUCAACGACGGCUUCGGCAGCGCCACCGCCGAAGUGUCAGACUUCGCUGUCAUGGAGGUCAUCACGUGGAACCGAGCACUCUCGGAGGACGAGAUGUGGACCAGCAUGGAGUACCUGAACUCGAAGCUUUAG